AUGGGUCUUUUCGGUUCCUCCACUCCCGCCGCCGCGGCCCCCGGCUCCGGACAGGAAGCCCAGGAAGUCAAAACCGCCAUCUUGAAGCAGCUCCAACAAGAAGCUGCCAUGAGCAACGCCCGGCAACUCAUUGGCAAAGUGAACGAGCACUGCUUCGACAACUGCAUCCCAGCCCCCGGAUCCACAAUGAGCACCGGAGAACAGACCUGCCUUUCUCAAUGCAUGGAAAAAUACAUCUCACUAUGGAACGUUGCCAGCAAGACGUACCUUACUCGCGCCACGUCGGACAGGAAAAACGGCGGUCUCGACGUGAUUGCGGCGAACUCAUUGGCCACGAGUGGGCCGUCCGCCUCCGGCGUGUAA